GAAAAAGACAAAUGUUACUGAUGUGCUUUGUAAUUAAAAUUAAAACAACCGAAAAUGCAUCGUAACAUGGGAAGGCAGUUUGAUCAGUUCAAGUUCAGUCUUUUGUCCAGUCACAAAUAUCGCCGAUUGGAUUCUCGUAUAAACAUCAACAAGAAAAAGUUGCUCCUGGUUUCAGGACUAGCAGUAAUAGUGGUAAUUGCUGUUGCUUUGGGGUUGUACUUUGGACUAAAAACCAGUAAAGAUGGUCUCGAAGAAGAGGUUCGCAUUCUCACCGGAGGAGCGGUCACUUCCAACGGUGAAGAAUGUGCCCAAAUUGGCGCCGAUAUUUUGCGACAGAAUGGUUCCGCAGCAGACGCAGCCAUCGCCAUUUUAUUCUGUGAAGGAGUGACAUGUCCUCAGAGUGCCGGAAUCGGAGGUGGAUUUUUCCUGACGAUCUACGACCGGGCCACCAAAACAGCUCGAACGCUGGAUGCUAGAGAAACGGCACCGGCAGCAGCAACCCAGAACAUGUACCUUAAAGAUCAGAACAAAGCUGUUGAAGGAGGCCUGGCUGUGGCUGUUCCCGGAGAGAUCAAGGGUUACUGGGAGGUGCACCAAAAGUACGGCCAGCUAGAUUGGAAAUCGUUGAUACAACCGACGAUUGAUCUCUGCCGCAACGGUAUUCUAGUCACGGGCUACUUGGAUCGUAUUCUCAAAAGCCGCGAACAACGCAUCAAAAACAUUCCUUCGUUGAGCGAAGUCUUCAUCAACCCCGAGACAAGCUCCACGUGGCGUGAGGGUGACCGGAUCAAGCGCCUAGUAUUGGCAGACAGUUUGGAAGUUAUAGCAAAUGAAGGUGCAGAUGCACUGUACAGCAAAAAUGGAACCUUGCUACCAAAACUUAUGAGUGAUCUCAAGCAAUUCGGCAGUAUUAUAACCCCGGAAGAUUUUUACAAUUAUGAACCACGUUGGCUGGAACCGGCAACGACUAUGCUCAAGGACGGAAGUCACGUGUUUUCCAUGCCAGCCCCGGGCAGUGGACACGUGCUCAAUUACAUGCUUAACAUUCUUGACGGCUACGAUGGCCUAGACGUAAAGGAUCCACUAACUUGGCAUCGCAUUGUUGAAGCUUUCAAACACGGUUACGGAAUCCGAACCCAACUGGGAGAUCCGCCGUUUGUGCCGGGCAUCGAUGAAUCGUUGCGAAAACUUACCAACAAGAACUACGCUGCGUUUAUUCGCGACGGUAUUCUGGACAACAAAACGUUCACGGACUACGAACAUUACGGAGCGAUCUUUUCCAACGAAGAGGAUCAUGGAACGGCUCACAUUUCAGUGCUGGCACCGAAUGGAGAUGCCGUGGCUGCGACCAGCACCGUAAACUAUAUAAAUCCCCACCGAAAGAAAAUAAUCGCCGGCGUAAUAGUGCUGAGCUUGCUCCUGGUCGCGCUGGUAUGUGGACUAUACUACGGACUAGUACAACCCCCGGACCAGGUUGGUCAUCGGGCGGCCGUCGUAGCGAACGGUCACGAGUGUGCCGCGAUUGGUGCGGAAAUCCUACGACAGAAUGGAUCCGCGGCGGACGCGGCAAUCGCGACCUUAUUUUGCGAAGGAGUCACCUGUCCCCAGAGCAUGGGCAUCGGCGGCGGCUUCUUGCUGACCAUUUAUGACCACGAGAAUCGAAAAGUGGAGACGCUGAACGCACGGGAAACGGCUCCGGCUGGUGCGACGGUGGAUAUGUUAGUUAAGGAGUACAACUCUACCGUAGACAAGAGAGGGCUUAUCAUUGCGAUUCCGGGCGAAUUGAAAGGCUAUUGGAUGCUUCACCAACGGUAUGGAAAACUGCCCUGGGGAAAUUUGGUGCAGCCUACGAUAGAUCUGUGCCGGAAGGGACACAUGGUGACGGCCUACUUGGAUAGAAUUUUGCGAAUUACUGAAAAGAAGCUCCUGGCUGAACCGUCCAUGCGGGAGAUUUUUAUUAACCCAAACACAAACAAAACGUGGAAAGAAGGUGACUACAUCAAGCGAUUGGCCCUGGCUGAUAGUCUGGAGGUCAUUGCAAAGGAGGGUGUUCAUGCACUGUACAGUAAGAACGGAACCCUUUUACCGAAGUUGAUGAAAGAUUUGCAGAGCUUUGAUAGUAUUUUAACCGAGGAGGACUUUUAUAGCUAUGAACCACAAUGGGUAACCCCUUCAUCCGUAGCAAUCCGCGGAGGUAACGUAGUCCACUCUUUCCCUCUACCAGGAAGUGGAACUUUGAUGAACUUCAUGCUCAACGUUCUCGAUGGGUACCAAGAUCUAAACCUUAAGGACCCAAUCACGUGGCAUCGUGUGGUGGAAAGUUUCAAACACGGAUACGGCCACCGGACCAGAGUCGGCGAUCCACAGUAUGUGUCCGCCAUCGGAGGAAUGUUGCAGAAUCUCACCAGCGCCGAUUAUGCGGAGUACAUCCGGAACAAAAUCGUGGACAAUGCGACGUACUCGGACUUUGCUCACUACGGCGCAGAAUUUGCCAACGUGCAAGAUCAGGGAACGGCUCACGUGUCCGUGCUGGCGGCGAAUGGUGACGCAGUGGCGGCAACCAGUACGAUCAAUUACUUGCUGGGCGCCAAGAUUCGAUCCCGCUCGACUGGCAUCAUUCUGAACGACGAAAUGGACGACUUUUCAUCGCCGGGUACAACCGGAAAUACGUACGGUCUUCCGCCAUCUCCCGCAAACUUCAUCGCUCCCGGCAAGCGUCCACUUUCCUCGAUGGCUCCCACGAUCGUUACGAACAACGCCAGUGGCGUCCGGAUGGUGGUGGGAAGCGCGGGUGGCUCGCGGAUUACUACCGCAAACCUGAUCAUACUGUUCCGCCACCUGUUCUUUGGAGAGGACCUCAAAACGGCGUUAGCCUCACCGCGAUUGCACCACCAGCUGGCGCCCAUGUCGGUCGACUACGAGGCGGGUUUCGAUUCGGCGAUCCUCGAUGGGUUGCGCACACGAGGUCACGUGGUGGUGGAGAAAAAGCCCGACGCCGGAUUUGCUGCGGCGACUGCCAUUACCAAAGAUGUAAAUGAUCACGUGGCGGCAGAGUUUGAUCCUCGGAGAGGGGGUAGUGUGGAAAUUGUGCAUUGAUUUGUUUUGUUUUUUUGCGUGGAAAUUGCCAAAGUUUGUUUUGUUGUUUUACUUAAAGCUGUGAAGAAUAAAUUUCAAUAAAUUAUUUUCCAUCGAUAAUUUACUUUACGAAAAUUAAUGUAGAUUAUUUUAACCUUUUUUAGAGAACUUUCUUUUUGUGUCACUAUAUCACACGUGCUUUAGGGUUUUUUUUUCAAAUACUCAAACUCAAGGCCCCCUCCGAACAUUCUUUUUUUUUUUGUUUUCUAUUGUUGUUGUAUUGUUUUUGUUCUAAUUGGAACUAAUCAAAACUAUCAAAAUAUUGUACAAAAACAUAGCAAAAACAGCUCUCCCAAUUCACCCCAAAUGACAGUACCGUCAUCUGGAGUGAGUCGGGGCUACAGUCUUAAUAGGGACAGCAGUUUAGAGCACUUAAAGGUUUUAAAUUUAAUGUACACAUGUACACAUUUUGUUGGUCUGAGUCUGUUCUAUCCGAAACCAACCAGAAAAAUCUAAAUAUGGCUGGGAAGCGAAUAAAAAGAAAUUAAGUUGCAUACUACUCAAUAUCUCAACAACUGGAUCUAAAUUUUACAAAUCUUAUGCUAAUCACAUUAACUUUAUUGAUGAAUUCAUAAUGUUACCAAAAAUAAUUUGAUUUGGUCCGUUAACUUGGGUCACAGUAAGAAACGGAUUGGUCAUCACAUGAAGUAUAAAACAUUUUUUUGUAUGGUUUAGAUAUACGUUUAGGUGUAUUUUUCUGUUCACUUUUGUUUUACAAUGGUGUAAUGCGGAACCUAUUGAUAAUGAUAGUAGGAAACUAAAACUGCCAAAAGCAUUAUUUUACGAAAAGAGAUUUGCUAAAGUCUACAUGAAUUGGGGAAUGAUACACAAUUCGACCAAGUUACAUUAAUUGCACGAGACCAAAUUAAAUAAUCUCAGUGAAUUGACUCUAAAUGGUAACAAUUUGCAGCUUAGUUGUUGCGUUUUUUGUAGAAAGUAUGAAACAAAUCCUGGAAAAUGUUCAUGAACUAACAAUUUUGCUUGUUUGUUUAUUUAGUAAUAGCGUAAGGGAAACCCUUUUUAAUUGCUACUUUCAUAUUUGUCUCAGCAAUACAACUUUACAAAUACUUAAACAUUGUUAAGUAUUUUAAGAAAGAUGUUGUUGUGCAAAUUUUUACGCAGAUUCUGAUUAGGCGGAGAAAAUCUUAAGAAAAAUAUACUUGAAUCUCAGAAUCAAAAAGAACACGAAUUGUCUAAUUGGUUGUGAAAAGAUGACUUUUUAAUACUAGAAAUGUUUACCGCAUUGCUAACCGAUUCAAGCAAAAUGUAUAAAUUUUAAUCAUACUUCAUAAACACUUACGCAUUAAUUGGUAAGUAGAUUACGCACUUAGUAAGGAACCGGUCAAGAAAACUUUAACUAAGCAACAGCGGUAGCGAAAACAAGCCAGAGAGGGUGAAAAAAAUCCCAGAAAGUGUUCCCUCUCCUUUGUUCUGCUGUUCGUAGAGCUAUUUCAUGACUCCUUUUCUUGA